AUUUCCGUUUCCGCCAGCUGGCAGGACAAAACUGUUUAAAUAGUUCCGGCAGGAGCAGUGCAGCGUCGGUAGAAUAUGGAUGGAGAAAGUUUACCAGGAAUGCAGAUUGGAGAAAGAAACCACAGUAAAAGUAGUAUUAGUUCAGAGUGAUAAGUGACUGUGUAUCAUUUAUACUUGUUUAAGUUUAGGACGUUUGGGCGCUUCACGUUGCUGGUGUGUGUGAAGUGCAUGCUAACGGCUAGGAAGCUAACCGCAGCUAGCACGUGCGUUUGUGUGCUGCACCGUGAUUUAAAGAACGGCAAGUUUAGUCAGGUUACCUAAGUUUCUUUAUAUAGACUCUCUCCCCUGUGACUGUAUUGUUUGGAGAGCGAGUGUUCGACAUAUAGCGAGGACGUGGACACGCGAGGUUGGUGUGUCCAUUGCACGCACUUACGGAGCAGUCGACAGAGAGGUGACUCAGGACGAGGCUGGUUCUCCUCUCGCUCCAGACUGGACUUCCUGAGGCGUGCUUACCCCCCUCAUCUCUACUCCCCAACGCCCCCUGUGUAUCCAGCAGUUUCAACUCACCACCCCACCCCUAAGUGCACCACCGAUUCAUCAGGACCGCAACAGACAAUCUUCUGGCCCAGCCGAGGGGUCCAGACCUCGGCCAAGAAGCCAGACGUCUGUGAAGAACAUCUUCACCCUGAGCAACAGAAGUGGAGCUUCAGGAUGCGGACAGAGGAAGACAUUAAGAAGGAAGAAGAAUACCCACUGAUCCUCCAUUUUAAAGAGGAAGAGGAGGACCCACUAAGACCCCAUUUUAAAGGGGAAACAGUGGAUCCACUGAGUCCUCACAUUAAGGAGGAAGAGGGGGACCCACUGACACUCUAUUUUAAAGAGGAGGAGGAGGACACACUGACACCCCAUUUUAAAGAGGAAGCGGUGGAUCCACUGAGCUCUCACAUUAAGGAGGAUGAGAUGGAUCCACUGACACCCCAUUUUAAAGAGGAGGGGGGCCCACUGAUCCCUCAUUUUAAAGAGGAAGUGGUUGAUCCACUGACCCCUUACAUUAAAGAGGAAGAGGAGGAACACAGCAUCAGUCAGGAGGGAGGACAUCUUGAAGGACAGGAGGAGGUUGAUGUCACCAAGAUGCCAGUGACUGGUGUCCCUGUGAAGAGUGAAGAUGAUGAGGUCAAAGGUGAGAGUGAGGAGAGGGGAGGGGGGGAGCCUCCAAGCAGCAGCUCAACUCAACACAUGACAACAGAAGCUGAUGGAGACCACUGUGGAGGAUCACAAGCAGACAAGCUCUUAGCUCCACUAUCAGAUAGUGAGGACACAACGUCACACUCUCCUGACACUGAUGAUGAAGACUCUGAAGAUGAUAAGACAUGUCACACUGACAACACACACUUCACAUGUUCUCUCUGCGACAAAACUUUUAAAUCUCCUAGUAAGUUGAAAACACACAUGAUAACACACACUGGAGAAAAACCUUUUUCAUGCUCAAUUUGUCGUAAAGGUUUUACUCUAAAGCAGAAUUUCAAAGUACACAUGAGAACACACACUGGAGAAAAAGCCUUUUCAUGUUCAAUCUGUGGUAAAGAUUUUACUCGAAAGCCCUCUUUGAAAGCACACAUGAGAAUACACUUUGGAGAAAAACCUUUUUCAUGUUCAAUCUGCGGUAAAGAUUUUACACAUAAGCCAAAUUUGAAAGUACACAUGAGAAAACACACUGGAGAAAAACCCUUUUCCUGCUCAGAAUGUGGUAAAAGUUUUGUAAUAAAUCAAAGUUUAAAAGUGCACAUGAGAACACACACUGGAGAAAAGCCUUUUUCAUGUUCAAUCUGCGGUAAAGAUUUUACUCAAAAGCCCAAUUUCAAAGCACACAUGAAAUUACACACUGGAGAAAAAACGUUUUCAUGUUCAAUCUGCAGUAAAGAUUUUAUGCAUCGGCACGAUAUGAAGACACACAUGAGAAAACACUCUGGUGAAAAACCUUUUUCCUGCUCAGAAUGUGGCAAAGGUUUUGUAAUAAAUCAAAGGUUAAAACUACACAUGAGAAUACACACUGGAGAAAAACCUUUUUCAUGUUCAAUCUGUGGUACAAAUUUUAUUCAAAGGCAAAAUUUGAAUACACACAUGAGAACACACACAGGAGAAAAACCUUUUUCAUGUUCAAUCUGCAGUAAAGCUUUUACGCGUAGGCACGAUUUGAAGACACACAUGAGAAUACACACUGGUGAAAAACCGUUUUCCUGCUCAGAAUGUGGCAAAAGUUUUGUAGUAAAUCAAAGGUUACAAGUACACAUGAGAAUACAUACUGGAGAAAACCCUUUUUCCUGCUCAGAAUGUGGUAAAAGUUUUGGAACAAAUCAAACCUUAGAAGCACACAUGAGAACACACACUGGUGAAAAACCUUUUUCAUGUUCAGUAUGCGGUAAAGAUUUUACUCUGAAGACCCUUUUAAAAUCACACAUGAGAACACACUCUGGUGAAAAACCAUACUCCUGUUCAAGAUGCAACAAAAGCUUUCGUCACCGACAAUCUUUCACAGUACACAUGAGAACACACACAGGAAAGAAAGUGUUGAGUUGCAGUGUGUGUGGUGAAAGAUUCUCUUCUAAGUCCCAGUGUAAGAAACACAAGUGUGCUGGUGAGAACAGCAGCAGCAAAUGAAGAUGCAGGAUUUGAAAUAAACGGUCAAAACUUGAACUUUGACUUUCUAACAACAUCAGCACAUAUAACAUGUGUGACAUCAUUGUUGUGUGUGUAACACAAUCUUGUUAAUAUGAUUCUAACAUUUAUAGAUUAGACACUUCAGAUUAGUGCUUUUAUUUCAGUCAAGUACAUGAGUUAAUAUACACAUUUGUGUACUUUAAAAUGAACACAACAAUUCGACUGAAAGGGUGAGAAUAAACAGUACAUAAAAUGUGUUACAUACAAUAAACAUUUUAUGUGUAGAUAUUCAUAAUUCACUUUUUAUACUCAUUCAUAAUAGUGUUUUAUAUAUGUUUUUUGAAUUAAUGAAGUGGUACAUAUUUUGUUUUUGUAAUUGUAGGUGAUUCCGUGGAUGAACUCCUUUAUAUGAUGUACAUAUUUGUUUUACAUGUGUUCAUACCUUUGCUUUUGAGUACACAUAAAUCCCUCUUAGUUCAUAUUUACUGGUUCACAUCUGAAACAUCUUCUGGACCACUUCUGGAAGCAUAUUAUUAUUUACUUUAUACAUCAUUUGAACAGUUGUCUUUUAUACAAGAUCAUUUACUUUUAAAAUGUGUGACUUCAUGAAUCAUUUGUUGGGUCUCUAUUGUCCAUUCUAUUAAUUGUCUUUAUUACUCUCUUAUGUAAUAUGAAUAUUGUUGUGUGAUUGUUUUAUAUGUAUGUCCCCAGACCUUUAUGCAAUAAACAAUGUAUGCUUCAACUAAAAUUGGAUACAAUAAAUGUAGUUAAUAUU